AUGGCAGAAGAUGCACUCUACACUUUGAGUAAUCGAUGGUUUGAGACGGUGAAGCUGCCAAAUGGACAACAAUCUUAUGAGUUCGCACGCCAAAUGAAAUUGGGUUUACUGAAAGGAUGCUGUCGCUCACCUCUUCUUCACCUUCUUGUGGAUCUACUGAGCGACAACCGUCAUAAAAAUGUUAUUAAUUGGUGCGGAGGGAACUCUUCGGUGUUCGACAUAAUCGACAGGGAGGGCGUAGUACAAAUGUGGAGCGAGCAGUCUAGACAGCAGAGAUCGUAUAUCUCCGUUGUCUGUCAACUGAAGGCUGUCUGUAACAAACGUGUACCUUCAAUUUCUGGAAAACCGAUACGAAUUCUGAGUCGAGUAUCUACUGGUAGCUAUCAUGUUUUUCCAGAUUAUGCUGCUCACGAGAUCCCUCUGAUCUCGCCUAAAUUCCUAGAAUGGCAGCUUCAGAAAAUGGCUAAGACAAAGAAGACCUCACAAGCAGCAGUGUCAGCUCUGAAAGAGAAGUCAAAAGGAUGGCCCGUUUUUCAUUUUGCAGGAAUUUCUCCAACCCAAAACAAUUCAACUGCAGCAUCCCUAGAACUCGGCAUUAGGUACAAGAAGGGACACCCCCAGUUGUCUUUCGUCAUCGAACUGAAAUCGGAAAUAUUUCAGAAUCCUUCCCACGACAACACUUUUUACUGCAGUAGCAGUCCCACAACUGCUGCUCCAACUGGUAUAACCUUUAAUGAGCUUUCUGAGCUCCCUGAACUGUCCGUGGAUGAUGUCGAUGCCGUACUGUUUGAAGCUGAACAUCCUUGCGAUCCUUACGGUAAACUAUAA